CUGCCACACAGGCUUAUCGUCGCGCGCCAAACCGGAGACAUCACGUAGGGAGAAAACGGGGAGAAACAAGAGGAGGAAGAAAAGGAGAAAGAGAAACAACUGCUCUCCUUGAACGGGCUUUUGUGUGAAGCCCUCCUUUCUGCCGGUGGUGCCCCCUGCUGUUGAGGCUGUGGUAUGAGCCUAUGUGGCAGGAAGGCGCUGACGUUGCUGAGCAGCGUGUUCGCUGUCUGCGGCCUGGGCCUACUGGGGAUUGCCGUUAGCACAGACUACUGGCUUUACCUGGAGGAAGGCGUCAUCCUUCCCCUUAACCAGAGCACUGAGAUCCGCAUGUCCCUCCACUCUGGACUCUGGAGGGUUUGCUUCUUGGCUGGUGAGGAGAAAGGCCGAUGUUUCACCAUCGAGUAUGUGAUGCCUACUACUGUCCAGAAAACCUCUGAGUCCACCGUUAGUGUUCUGAAGAUGAUCCGCUCUGCCACACCCUUCCCUCUGGUCAGCCUCUUCUUCAUGUUCAUCGGGUUCGUACUCAGUAACAUCGGCCACAUCCGACCCCAUCGCACCAUCCUGGCCUUUGUUUCAGGAAUCUUCUUCAUCUUGUCAGGUCUCUCUCUGGUUGUGGGUCUGGUGUUGUACAUCUCAAACAUUAAUGAUGAGAUGUUGAACAGAACUAAAACCAAUGAAGCUUAUUUCAGCUACAAGUAUGGCUGGUCUUUUGCGUUUGCUGCCAUCUCCUUCCUGCUCACUGAGACAGCAGGUGUCAUGUCAGUGUACCUGUUCAUGAAGCGCUACACAGCAGAGGAAAUGUAUCGGCCUCACCAGGGCUUCUAUCGACCUCGCCUCAGCAACUGCUCCGAUUAUUCCGGCCAGUUCCUCCAUCCAGACGCCUGGGCCGGCCGCGGUCGCAGUCCGUCCUCUAUCUCCUCUGAAGCCUCCCUGCAGAUGAACUCCUCCAACUACCCCGCUCUCCUCAAGUGUCCGGAGUACGAGCAGAUGUCCUCAUCACCGUGCUGAGGCAGAGGAGAGUGGGGUCAACAUCAAAGGAGUCACUGUGAACUACAUGACUAGUUUGAUUUGAUCCAGCCUGAAUCACACCCGUCUUCAAGUGUCCUGACCAUGACCUGAUUCUCUCAAUCCUCCCAGCUGCUGAUUCUUUUAUUUACACAUUUUGGUUUUGUAGGGAGUGAAUCUUCAGAUGAAGGUUAGGCCAGUUGACUUUAUUCUCAGCUCUUCUUUUGUUAGAAGAUGAGAGGGAGGAGUUUGACCGUGUUGGUCUUUAUCUCCUGCUCCUCGCAUUUAAGUGAAAAGUGAUCUGUAAGAGGCUGAAGUCACCAUCAGGUAGGAGAAAUUUGAGUUGCAGUGAAAAGUAAAGUGUUUGCCUGUAGAAGCAACACAAUCCUGAUGGCAUUUAAAAGUACAGCAUACUGCACAUUUGAAAGGUGUGUUCAUGCAGUGUUUACAAUGAUUGCAGGUUUUCAAAUCCAAAUGUGACAGUAUAUGGAUUAAGCAAGAAAGGAGACUAAUCACUGGGUUAACAUCAUCAUAAAACAUUGGCAUAAUUUGAUCAUAGGAUGCUCAAAAGUGUGCAUAUUGUAAAGUUUAGCAGAGUUAGAAUAAACAUGUUCAAAACUGUUACUAUCACAAAUUGUACAUUAGCACCAGCAGUGUUAUUGUGCUGAAGCUCAAGUUGCACCAGCCUCUUGGGUGACAUUUUGCAGAAAAUAGAUUUUUUGAUGUGUGCUCUUUAGGCAUACUUAAAAAGUACCAACUUGUUGUGGCAUGUUUGAGAGAUGCCACAACAAGCUAAAACUGAGCCGCAACGUUUUCAAGUGUUGAGCUAAAAAAAAAAAAAAGAAACAAAAAAAAAAAAACAUAAAAUGUGUAUUAAUUUAGUUUUUUUUUUUAUUUAAUAGGGGUGAUGCAGUUUAACAUAGUUUCAUUACAGAGUUGAAGCUGAUGUGCCGUACAGAGUUUAUAGCUUUUGCUAAUAAUUCAAACUGUUGUUGGAUCUCAACAGCAUAAAACAGCACCAAGCUUUACAGUAGAAAGUCUCAAUAAAAACAUAUGCCACAAUAAAAACUGUAAGAAUUUUAUGAACCAGUACAAAUACACAGUUUGAAAACACAACAGUCUAGAAAUGAGUGCAGCUCUGGUUUGCUUUCAGCUACUUUAUAUUUGUUGUGAAGGAUUUUAAAUCUGUGAUUAAUUUUAUUUAUGUAUUAUUUAUUUCAGUUGGUAGUGAACUCCAGAGUUUACAGCCUUUAAUGGAGAAAGCUGUUUUUCCAAAUGUUGGUCUACGCUUUUGGGGGUUACAAAAGCACAGCUCAACAUUGACCAUGCUUCUCUUUGCUCAGCUACUAAACUAUCUUUAUACAAAUUUGGACAAGGUUCCGAAGCAAGGUUAUUGAUUUAUUUAAAAAAAAAUUUAUAUAUAUAUAUAUAUAU